AUGAUCUAUACCUCGGGCAUCAUUAGCGAUGUAAACAAGGAGGAGACCCUGGAGCAGCUCCAGGACAACAAGCUUGCUGUGGUCUGUGAAAAGAUUGGUCUCAAACAGGGUGACACCGUCCUCGAUCUCGGUUGCGGUUGGGGAACUCUUGCUAAGUACGCCUCGGUUCACUACGGUGCUCAAGUCACCGGUAUUACACUCGGCCGGAAUCAGACCGCUUGGGGUAACAAGGGCCUUCGCAACUCUGGUAUUGAUGAUUCUCAGAGCCGCAUCUUGUGUCUCGACUACCGCGAUGCUCCUCGUAUCUCCGGUGGCUACAAGAAGAUCACUUGUCUCGAGAUGGCGGAGCACGUUGGUGUACGCCACUUUAGCUCGUUCUUGUCUCAGGUGUACGACAUGCUAGACGACGACGGUGUCUUCUUCCUGCAGAUUGCUGGCCUCCGCAAGUCAUGGCAAUAUGAGGAUCUCAUCUGGGGUCUUUUCAUGAACAAGUACAUCUUCCCUGGUGCUGAUGCGAGCACCCCCCUCGGAUUCGUCGUCGACAGGCUCGAGGCCGCUGGAUUCGAAAUCAAGGGCAUCGACACCAUUGGCGUUCACUACUCUGCCACUCUCUGGCGCUGGUACCGAAACUGGAUGGGUAACCAAGAGAAAGUCGAGGCGAAGUACGGCAAGAGAUGGUUUAGGAUCUGGGAAUACUUCCUCGCCUAUUCCACCAUCACCUCCCGCCAGGGUGGUGCUACCUGCUGGCAGAUCACCCUUGUCAAAAACAUCAACUCGACCCAUCGUGUCGAGGGCAUCAACAGCCAGUACGGUCUCACCGGCGCCCGAGAAGCCGCUGCCGCGAAUGUUGGCAACGGCUCUGUUCCAAGCGCUCACAUUACUAAGGCUUAG